AUGAACCCGUGCAGUCCGGCCCUCCACCGGGCCUUCAUAGCACUGGGGAGCAAUGUCGGCGAUCGCUUUGAGAUGAUCGAGAAGGCGUGUGCCGAACUGGAGAGGGCCAAUAUCAGAGUCCGAAGGACCAGCUCUCUCUUCGAGACGGCCCCGAUGUAUGUCCUCGAUCAGGAUCCUUUCAUCAACGGGGUUUGCGAGGUAGAGACGAGUCUGUCCCCUUUGGAGUUGCUCGAUACCCUCCAGUCGAUAGAAAUCGGACUCGGCAGAAAGAAGUUGAUCGAUAAAGGGCCGCGGUCAAUCGAUCUGGACAUCCUGCUCUAUGACCAACAGACGGUCUCCCACGAACGACUCGACAUCCCGCACAAGCUCAUGCUAGAGCGCGAUUUUGUCCUCCGACCUCUGUGUCAGCUCAUUCCCCACGAGCUCCCCCCGUUCCCAGGCCACAACAGGACCUUCCUCUCGCACUUCAAAUCACUUCCCCCUCCAUCUCCAGCACCUGUCGCAACCACCUACAUCUCGAAGGACUUCCCGCCCCUGCACUCCACCGACCCAAAACGGCCCACCCACGUCAUGGCCAUCUUAAACCUCACCCCCGACUCCUUCUCCGACGGCGGGAAGCACUUCACCACUGAUCUGUCCGCCCUUACCACCACCGUCCGCGACUUCAUUGCAGCCGGCGCAACCAUCAUCGACAUCGGCGGCGAGAGCACCCGUCCAGGCUCGCAACCCGUCGGCGAAGCCGAAGAACUCGCCCGCGUGAUCCCCGCCAUCCGCCACAUCCGCACCGCCAUCCCCGAAGCCGCCAACAUCGCCAUCAGCAUUGACACGUACCGCGCGCGUGUCGCCGAAGAAGCUUGCGCCGCAGGCGCCGACAUCAUCAACGACGUCUCGGCCGGCCUUCUGGACCCGGAGAUGCUUCCGACGAUGGCCCGAACGGGCAAGGCCGUCAUUCUCAUGCACAUGCGUGGCACACCUUCGACCAUGACCAAACUGACGGACUAUCCCAAUGGCAUCAUCCAGGACGUCAGCACAGAGUUACUCGACCGCGUCGCUGCCGCGGAGGCCGCGGGCGUCAAGCGCUGGCGCAUCAUCCUCGAUCCGGGACUCGGCUUCGCCAAGAAUCAAGCCCAGGAUCUGACCAUCCUUCGUGAUCUGCAAAAGUUCCGGUCCGGUGUGCAAGGACUCGAGUAUUUUCCGUGGCUGAUGGGGCCCAGCCGGAAACGGUUCAUUGGACGCCUCACCGGGGUCGACAAGGCCAGUGAUCGCGGUUGGGGCACCGCGGCCACUGUUACGGCCAGUAUUGCUGGUGGGGCAGAUAUUGUCCGUGUUCACGAUGUCCACGAAAUGUGGCAAGUUGCAAAGGUGGCGGAUGCUAUCUACCGGGUGGAGCAAUGA